AUGUUUUUCCGGAAAAUAAGAAUUAAAAAAUAUUGUCUUAUAAACACAAAUUUUCUUAAAAUUCGAAGUCGUGAACGUAUUGCUGAAGCAAUUGACGAAUAUCACAAGAAAACUUGUGUUGAAUGGACACCUAAGGCGGCGAAUGAUAUAGACUAUGUACACAUUUUACCUGAUGAUGGUUGCUAUUCUUUGGUGGGGAAAGUUGGUAGGACAGAUCGUGAUGAUUAUGUUAAUAUACUUUGGGACAAUAUUGACCCAACCUUAAGAGGUAAAAAAUUAACUGAUUAA